ACAUUCGAGGUUUUGUCGAAAGGCGCGUCAGUCCAGAGUCAACCGUAGACGGCUGUUCUUACGACGGAUGUGACAAGGCCGUUUUUUCUCUCUCUCUCUUUCUCUUUUUCUCUUUUUCUCUCUCUUUUUCUCUCUCUCUCUUUCGUUUUGUCCGUUCUAUCUUUUUCUCAUAUACAAUCGUACGUACAUUUGGUUUUUUUUUCAUUCGUUUGUACGCGUCAGUCGGAGACAGUUCGUCGUUCGUAUUUUAAAUAGAAACUCGUCUGUUCGUUGGUGAGAUAUCCAUAGGAUUGCUAUUCGUCAACAAGGCGAACAAGAAUAUAACAGGAAGAAAAAUAAAAGGCCGCGGAUUUGUGCAAACGAUGAUCAACGUGAAAAGUGUGACAGUGCGCGAACUCGGUUAAUAUCAAACACGCUUCAAGCUUCGAAAUAAAUCACUUGGAUUUCAAUUAAUCGUUUCUUCUUGUGGAAUUAAGAAACGAAGGAGAAUAAUAGGAAAAUAAAAUGGGAAACGGAAAUGACAGGGGCAGUCGUGAAACUCGAGUGUUGUCAUAAGAUCAUAGAUCGCGUGGGAUCGAAAGAAAAAGGAAGUGGAAGCAAUGAAACUUCGAGGAGAAUCGUCUUAUCCUCCGCAGCAUCCACCUCCCGUUCUUAUUACUCGACGACCAUUCUCCUCCUCGAGUCCAUGUCGCUGCUGCCGCGGUUCUUUAUGUCCUCGACUACUAUCACUUUCCGCUGCAUAAAGGGAUAAAAAAGAAGGGAAGAAAAUCAAACGAGACGAUCUAUUAGUCUUCUCCAACGGAAGCGUUUUCUUAAAGGAAAGGAUUCCAAAGUAAUCGCAGGUAGCGAUAAAAAGGGAAGAUUCGAAGAGAGUGCUGCGCGAGGUGGUGCUACAGAGGUGGUGCUACAGAGGUGGUGCUACAGAGGUGGUGCUACGCGAAAUCAAACUGAAGUGCCCGGUUCUCGGUGAGAUGGCCUUCAUGAUGAAGAAGAAGAAGAAGUACGAAUUCUCGGUUGAGGUCGACCUCGAGGAACUCACCGCAGUGCCCUUCGUUAGUGCAGUGCUAUUCGCUAAACUGCGUUUACUUCAUGGGGGUUCUUUCGUUGGUCACUCCACUAGGGAAGAAGUUCAGGAGCAUACGGUCAGGUGGAACGCCAAGUUCGAGUUCUGUUGUAAAAUGAGUGCGAAUGCGUCGACCGGUGUUCUCGAUCCAUGCAUCCUAAGGAUAUCAGUAAGGAAGGAAUUGAAGGGAGGCAGGUCCUUCCAGAGGUUAGGUUUUACCGACCUGAACCUUGCCGAAUUCGCAGGAGCUGGUCUCUGUCGAAGGAGGUGUCUCCUCGAAGGUUACGACGCGAGACAUCGUCAGGAUAAUUCUAUGCUGAGAGUAGCCAUUAAGAUGAACAUACGUUCCGGAGAUAUUCUCUUCAAAGUACCUUCGCCAUCGUUAAAACAGACUCAACUAGCAGUUCCCGGUGUUCCCGGUGUGCCAGGAGUUACGGCCGACGAGGUGACCGCUGAAAGAUGCAGCAACCGAGAAGAUUACGUUUCUAGUGGUUCAUUGGCUGGUAGUAUAGCUAGCGCGAGCAGCGGUUUCGGUAGUCUUCCCAAGAAAAGGCCAGCACUUUUUUCCUCUGAACUUCUCAGUGGUACGGAAACAUACGAUCAGAUGACCCUCAGCGAGAUCGUACCUUCGGCAAUUCCGGUCGAAGCAUUGACAGAAGCUCACACGGAAUCGGGUCAUUCGAGGAAUAGCAGCAAUACCAGUCAACUAAGCAAGGGAUCGGGAUAUGGCUCCCUGAACUCGCACAGUCAGCACAGUAGACAGAGCAGCAGCGGGGACAGUGGCCAUAUUAGGUCACCCUCCUGGCCGGUAUGGGCACCACGUAUCCCAAAUCAUUCCCAAAAUCCUCCAAACUAUCCUAACAUACGGUCCGAAACAUCCUUCGAACCAAGACCACCGUCGCCGCCAACGUCUUCGAUGAUGCUCGUUGAUCCAAGAACCCGAUUCUGGUCCACGUCUAGUAGUCCACUUUCCUCUCGGAUCAUGAGAAACGGUACGGAUAAGAGGAGUACUGGUGCUGGUGCUGCAACUACUACCACUGCUACGAAAUCGAUCUUGGCCGAUAAGGGGAACGACGAAAGUAACGUUGUCGCGGCAGCUGUUAAUCCUAACGUACAAUUUGCAAAGAACUUAACUGAAUCGAGUUCCCAAAGAAACGGAGGAAUUUCCAUUGAGGAACGUUACGAAGCUGCCGCCAACGUGUUCAAGGUACCCGGACCCCAAGACGUGCCUCGACAUUCCCGACAAAAUUACGAAAGGGUUAACAGUUUCGAAGCACGCAAUGAACGCAACAGUAUAGGAAGUUUAGGACAACGGAACGAUCGAGAGGAAAUAAUCAGUCGAGUUAUCGUACCAAUCGCAAAACCGAGAAUCGGUCAACCAGGCUGGCGUAGCAUAUCGAAGACCUGCGAUUGUAUAGAAAAGAGACAAACUAGCCCAGUUUUGCGAUUGGUUGAUCAAGCCAGGGCCGUAUCCUCUCCCGAUCCUCUCCAUAGGCCUGACAAUCCUAGAGCAUCCCUACGCUCCGCGACGACGACUCAGACCCUCAGAAACCCUUCAGGAGGUUCGGGUUUAAGCGAAACUGGAUCCUUGGAUCGUGCUAAAGCUGCGCUGGAGCGACGGAAAAAAGCCGAAGAUGGUACAGGAAAUCCUAGCUUGUGCAGGAUCGAAGUCACCAGACCUAAUCCAGAUUCAUUGAUCGAUGAACUGAUUAAGGCCACGAAUUUGGAACAAACGGAUCUCGAAAGUUCUGAGACAACCGGUUUGCAGUUGUUCAUAGCAAAAGAUGGAACAACGGCGUUGGGUAGUCACGAAGUGAAGAGUCAGAUGCCCGCGGGUGUGUUCAAGCAGGUGGUGAUGGAAGAAAACAAUAGGUAACACCAAGCCAUCUCGUCGAGGCGGCAAUAUGCUAGGCAGCCCAGCACAACGUUCUCAUUGGCCUUGGUGCCUGAACUCAUCUACGAGGCCUACGAGCCGCGGUAGUCACGAUGGAGAACAACUUCUUGUUCUUCGAGUCGAAUAAGAAAAAAAACAAAAACGAAAACUUCCAUCUAGCGACAUUAUUUUAUAUUAAUUAUUCUUUUUUUUUUUUAUCUCAGCAACAAAUGAGACGAAGAUGUUGCGUUCUUUUCAAAAUCACACUAUUUUUCCUAUAAUAUAUACACCUAUAUAUACAUCAUUUCGUACAGAGAAUAUUGUACGCGUACGUACAAUUUUUUUUCGUUACAAUUAUUUACAAUACUGUCGAGAAGAAGAAGAAAAAGAUGAUGAUGACGAUGAAGGA